GACGGGAUCUAGCCCCGAAUCCCAACGCUGCGGCGCCCGAUAAUUGUUGUCAGGUCACGUGCAACCGUAACUCGACUUCACCUGGUCCUCUUACCGUCUGCAAUCCUCACUUUUACCCCAAUCGUAGCACCUUUACAAGCGCGACGCCACAGUCUCAAGCUCGCGAUAUAUAAUCUGCUGUCUUUGCAGUUUUUCUCUCUUUACCACACGCUCUACUAGUACUUUAGUACGGAAAUCCAGAAGACAAGCUAGAGGCGCAACAGCCAGCCUGAUACCUACACCGACACCAUGUCUCUUUGCGUCAACCGACUCUCGGAAGAGAGAAAGUCAUGGCGACGAGAUCACCCCUUCGGCUUCUUCGCAAAGCCCAUGCGCGGCUCCAACGGCAUGAUGGACCUGAAGCGGUGGGAAUGUGGUGUCCCAGGAAAAGAGAAGACGAUAUGGGAAGGCGGUUUGUUCAAGCUCGAAGUCGCAUUCCCAGAUGAAUACCCAACAAAGCCACCGAAGUGCAAAUUCGUCCCACCCCUCUUCCACCCAAACGUCUACCCCUCCGGCACCGUGUGCCUGUCCAUCCUCAACGAAGAAGAAGGCUGGAAGCCCGCCAUAAACAUCAAGGAGAUCCUGCUGGGCAUCCAAUCACUCCUCGACGAACCCAACCCAGAGAGCCCAGCACAAGCCGACGCAUUCAACCUGUUCAAAAAGGACAAGGCGGCGUACGAGCGCAAGGUCAAGCAGAUUGUCAAGGAGAACCCUGCGCCAUAGUGCGUUGUUAGAGCACCAGAGAGGGGGCUACAUAUUGUGAGAGAGGAGAUAGGGGAGAGGCCCUGUAUAGGGAGAUGAGGAGGCUUGGUUCUAUUUGACCGGAGGAAGGGGAGUUAUGUGGUUUGGGUUGGGUACGGCAUGGUGUGGUCAGGCCUUGAUGGGCUCGAGUGGAUGGCGCAAGCAUUCUUCCGUUCAGCCGCGGCAGACACUGCUCAGACGAUGUCGAUGUGCUCUUGCAUUUUCUUUCUUUCUUGCCUCUGACUUCUUGGCUUCGGCGCGCUUAGUAUGGAAACGUCUUUUUGAUAAGAUACGCAUCCUGGCGUUUGGGGGAGGGGCGACCGAGCAUAGUAUGGGUUCUUAGAUUGCGAGGAGAAAAGCCGCAUGUGGCUAUGACACCUGACUUCUUCUCAGCCUCCUGGCAUAUUGCGCAUGGAGUAAUAUACACGAUUGGUUC